GUUAGUCACCCUUUGUCACCUUUACAGCCUGGUCUCCGCCCAGCGUACCGAUCGCAUCCGUAUGAUAUUUUCCGCGUGACUCAGGAUCGCUUGGACUUAUUUGGAUAACCCAAUUAUCAGGCUUCAGAGAAUCAGGCACUCGGCCAAAUUGGAAUCAAGCUGCUACGACUUGAAAAUGAGUGAUCAUGUAUAUAACCAUGUUCGUCAUUGGGGUGUCUGGAAACGUGCCAGUAUUCUUGUCGCUCAUUCGGAAUCGACACAGAAAAUCACGAAUUAAAAUGAUGAUGUUACAUCUGACGAUAGCGGACCUCAUUGUCACGUUCAUCAUGCUGCCGAUAGAGAUCGCUUGGAACAUUACGGUCCAAUGGUUAGCGGGUAAUCUUACGUGUAAAGUCCUGAUGUUUUUUAGGGUAUUCGGUAUCUAUCUCAGUUCGACUGUUCUCGUCUGCUUCUCCUUAGAUCGUUACUUCGCCGUUCUUCAUCCAUUACAGGUAAACGACGCCCAUCGGCGAGGCAAGAUGAUGCUAACGUUAGCCUGGAUGGUGUCUUUCAUCUGUUCGGUCCCUCAGACCAUCAUCUUUUCCUCACUCACCCAUCCUGACAUCGAAAAAUUCACCCAGUGUGUCACAUUUGCGUUCUUCUCUGACAACAACCCUAAUGAAAAAAAGGCUUACACGAUCCAGUUUCUUCUUGCUAUAUACUGGAUACCCUUGAUGCUGAUCGUGUGGUGCUAUUUGAAGAUACUUCGAGAAAUCUUCCGGAGGUCUGGUGAGUCGUCGCAGCAGGAGACCAUUCUGUUUCGGAUCGAGUUGCGGCGAUCCGACCCAAAAAUGAUGGAGAGACAUCGUAACAAAACACUACGGCUUUCAGUUGUGAUCGUUCUGGCGUUCCUGUCAUGCUGGACUCCCUUCGUUAUAAUCAACUUAUGGCUACUGUUUGACCCGAAGGGUGUCGAUGACCGCAUCGAAGAUCACAUACAAACGUUUAUGCUUGUUCUUGCCGGAGGCAACUCUUGUGUGAAUCCGUUAAUUUACGGCAGUUUAGGCCAUUUCAAUAGUGCCGGCGGCCCUCUAAGUCGCUGCCGGGAACGACAAGAUCUAGCUUCCCGAAUGAACUUUUUGAGUAGGGGGAACGCACGCGACACAGAUGAAUCAAGCAGUAGCUGCUCCUAUGUAUUUACGACGCAUAGUCAUCAAAUGCAGUCGCACCAUCAACGCUAUCACCAUCGCCAUCGCCAUGGGCGAAGUGCAAAUACUGCCCUUGUUUAUACACGAGACGCUAACACCGGUGGACAAUUUCGUAACCAGCACCGGCAAAUGUCCUGCAUACAGACUACAGGCCACAAUCACGAUGCCUUUUGAAACCAAAGGCGACAUUAACUCGAGCCACUUGGGGUCCUCUAUUAUAAACAAUGCACUGACUGCGACUGGUCUACUCCAUUUUUCUUCUAAAUUGUCUCUCGUCUGCGAUGAAGAGCGACACCGGAGGGUGUCAGUGACAGUGAUGGCUCUUUCGUCUACGAUACGGCCACGGCUUACGAAACAGAGGCACGCCGUCUACGUAUGUAUUAUCUUCAUUUGUCUAUUUGGAGCUGUAGGCGCAAAACUGGUUUUGGAAAACCUUUUAGACCUCUUGACGCGUUCUGCCGGCAUUUCUACUAGUGUUCCUCACGAAGUGCAGAAAUAGGCCUAGGCCUUAUUUAAAUAGACUUUGCUAUCUGUGCCUUAUGUGCCGCAUUACUAAAGAUAAUAGAGACACUUCUUAACACCACUAUGGGCCACACGUGACGCGUUCAGCCGUGAUCCGUGGAAUGUACUGGCGCCUCACAUCUGCGCAAUCUCUUUAGCUGUCUGAGUGAGGCGCAAAAACUCUAUUAGUAACGUGGGCUGUCGUUACGUUUUUGCGCCUCAAUGAAAAAAAGAACCGGAAGCUCGAUGGGCGCUAUUUCACUGCUGUGUUUUGUUUUUUCAAGCCAUUUGGUCAGAUAAAAUCACUCGUUGUAAUUGUACGCUACUGCGACGAUGUUUGCAGACGCUGAGCACAUCUAUCUUCAGCGGCAUUAUCGCAUGAAAUGAAAGGUAUAAUGCUAUUUUUCGAAAGCGCUUUCAUCGGGAAACUUGAAAUAUAGAUUAUAUUCUAUCGAGUCGCAUGGCGCCAACCGGCUAUAUAUACGGAUAUCGAGAGAAAUGAUAGGUACUUGCCCAGAUGUUCAACCUUUACCUCGGAGGAUAUUUAAGAGUGCUAGAGUCCUUUUAUUUCAGAGACGAAAAUUGCUCAGUUUUUUCGAACUACUUCUUCAAGCGACUCCUAUUCUAGCUUUAUUGAAUUUGGUCGUCUCCGAGAGAAAGGUAAACCACAUUUGGGAUUAGUGCUACAAUACUAUAUAUCAUCGAGAAGCAUACAUGCGUUUGUAUAUGCAGAUGCAUUGGCAAAUGAAGGCGGAAUGAAGUGUUAUAGCUAUUUUCGCUAUGCAGAUGCAUUGGCAAAUGAAGGCGGAAUGAAGUGUUAUAGCUAUUUUCGCUAUGCAGAUGCAUUGGCAAAUGAAGGCGGAAUGAAGUGUUAUAGCUAUUUUCGCUAUGCAGUAACUAGAAAGAUUAGGUAAAUGCAGUCAUUAAUGAAACUGCUACGUAGGGAUUUGUACGACCGGGUGCCGAUAGUUUGGAAUGAGAUCAGUUCUUCCUGAUGAAGUUAUUAAAAAGAGAUCUGGUUAGCAGUCGAAUCGGUAUGUACUAUAGACCGGUACACGCCAACCCACUCUACGUAUCGAUCUAAGACUGGAGACAUUUACGAAGGCUAAAUUGCCACUAGUGCAUAUCUAUGCCCCAUUCGAAAAAAAUCGUCUCAUUUCGCUAAAUGGAGGUCACGGUAGUAGCAGAUUCAGCUGUGGGUUACCCGCUAAACUUUGAGAUAUCCUGUAAAAAUUAAGCUAUUAUUUUCCAUUUAGCCUUUAAAUCCGACCUAUUUCGUGGAUUUUUAUAUUUCUUAACAAAAAAAAUCGAUAUUAGGGUGGGUUGCAUGCCUAUCUCGCAGAAGAUAAACGUGCAGGAAGCAGGAAGUGCGGUUUUCUAUUUUCUAAACUGUUGGUUGUUAUAUGAUGUACGCCAUGUAUAUGCAUUGGCAUCGUA